UGGCCCGGAAGUUGCUAUUGUUUGUGAGGGUACAUUUAACCUGAGUAAAUAAGCUAAACGAAUGCGUUGACGUACUUGUGUAAAAAUCGAGAUGUUUUGAAAAUUCUAUCGGAUAAUAUAGUUAACUAACUGUGGCUAGCUGAAAUAGCAAAUUUUUCAGUGUUGGUAUGCGUCUACUAGCAUAGAUAGCUAACGUUAGCUAAAUUGGGUUCUUAGCUUGAAACUAGCUUGCUUCUUCAGCUACCAAGCAACAUGCCUUCGUACAAAGCAGUGAGGAAAAGCAACCGUUUCUAUUAUUUCAUCAAAUUCACCUUAAAUAUCUACUCAAUGCUCUUCUCGCUCCUGGGCCUGUGUGUUCUGUGCGUGGGGGUGUAUGCGGAGGUGGAGCGCCAGAAUAACCGUACCCUGGAGGGGGUGUUCCUGGCCCCCGCUGUGGUGCUCAUCCUGCUGGGCCUGGUGAUGUUCACCGUCUCCCUGGUGGGCAUGGUGGGCUCCCUCAGGGACAACAAGACCCUGCUACACAUGUUCUUGUGUGUUCUGUGUGUCCUACUGUUCCUGCAAGUUGUGGCUCUCAUCGUUGCACUCAUCUUUGAGAAGAAGACAUCAGCCUUGUUCCAAAGCAGCAUACGAGAGGGAAUUAAACACUAUUACGAUGAUCUGGACUUCAAAAACAUCUUGGACUUUGUGCAACAGAAGUUCUCUUGUUGUGGUGGGGACGAGUACAAGGACUGGGGUGUCAAUCAAUACCAUUUCUGCAAUGGCACCGGGCCGCUGGCCUGUGGCGUUCCUUAUACAUGUUGUGUCCGCCACAAGGUGGGAGAGGUUGUCAACACUCUUUGUGGUUACAAGACUCUCAGCCAGCAGCGUGAGGUCCUAGAUGAGGUGAUUCAUGUGCGAGGCUGUAUCCAUGCUGUCAACCUGUGGAUGGGUGACAACGUGGGAGCAACUAUUGGGCUCUGCUGUGCCUUAGGUCUGCCACAGCUGAUGGGCAUCGUGCUGAGCUGUAUGUUCUGGAACCUGCUGGUGGAGAUGAAUGAGUCCAUGGACAUGGUGGACUUCAAGAUCCUCAAGAGAGCUGGCUUUGAGUACAGCGAGCUGGACCUGGCUGGUGCCGGCUGCUGCCUGUGUCUGCCCAGAGACGGAGGCUACCUCCCCCUGCCAGCUUUAGACCCCAUCUUGUCUGACCCUGACCUAAAGCCCAUCCCCAUCCGAGUCCAGCGACCCCUGCCCGUCCAGGUCCAUAGGCCCCUGGCCCAAUCCCUCCAAGACCUCAAGCUAUCUGGGCUUAGACUGGACGAGGUAGACAUUGGGCGGAAGCAGAAAAGAAGGGAAUAUUAAUUUUUGAAUUAUUUUUGAAUUUAAUGUAUUUUUUGGUCUUGUUUUUGUCUCUGUGUUUGUUGAAGGACAGGUUAGACCUGUUGCACUAUUUGGUGGUCAAACCAAUCAAUGGUCAUUAACUGACAUGAUCACAGGUUAUAAUGGCCACGUUCCUAGCUGGCUACAUUGCAUACGCAUUCCAGAUCUCAAUGCCUGGAUAGGUGUUUAACAUAUCAGCUAACCACAUGAUAUGAUAUCGCAAUCUGAUGCCUGACUGCGCAGUUGAUGAUGUGGCACACAUCCAUUGGUUGAUGCAAUGCAUGCAGUUGGCCUGGAACCCGACCAGAGGUUUGGCACUUUGGAAAGGCAUUAUUGGAGCAAUUGUUAUCCUGUUUUUUAAAAUAAUUGUUAGUCUUUCAAAGAACAAGAUGCUGCAGUGGUUUUUAGACACUAAUUUAACAGUUGUUUUUACCUUUUUCUAAAUGGAGCUUUCAAAUGGAGCUGCGGUCUCUGCAUUAUUUUGACAUUUCCUCAAAUAUGUUGCAGGUAUUUUAUAAAUCUUUUAUUUUGAGCUGUGUCUCAUGUGCUAAAGCAUACCUCAGGCUGUAUUCAAAUGGCCCAAUAGUCAGAAGACAAUUCACAUCAUGUUUAUUUACUAUACCGACUUGACAUUUUCUUGUUUGAGAUGAUCAUUCUAGUCAGAGCAGAGGAAUGGGAGUAGCCAAUCUUAUCUUGCUUCGAGUGCAAUGUCUGUGAAGGAUGUGUAGCCUGUUUCUUUUUUGUAUAAACUCUUUGCUUCCAUUUGUACCGGUUUGUACAGUGCCUUCGGGAAGUAUUCAGACCCCUUGACCUUUUCCACAAUUUUGUUAAACUACAGCCUUGUUCUAAAUUAUUAUUAGAUUUUUUUUUUAAAUAAUCCAUCAGCAAUCUACACACAAUACCCCAUAAUUACAAAGUGAAAACCCGUUUUUAGAAAUGAUUGCUCAUUUAUUUAAAAUUAAAAACAGAAAUACCUUAUUUACACUACUGUUCAAAAGUUUGGGGUCACUUAGAAAUGUCCUUGUUUUUGAAAGAACAUUUUAAAAAAUUGUCCAUUAAAAUAACAUCAAAUUGAUCAGAAAUACAGUGUAGACAUUGUUAAUGUUGUAAAUGACUGACUAUUGUAGCUUGAAAUUGCUGAUAAAAAAAAAGAAGGAAUAUCUACAUAGGCGUACAGAGGCCCAUUAUCAGCAACCCUCACUCCUGUGUUCCAAUGGCAUGUUGUGUUACCUAAUCCAAGUUUAUCAUUUUAAAAGGCUAAUUGAUAAUUAGAAAACCCUUUUGCAAUUAUGUUAGCACAGCUGAAAACUGUUGACCUGAUUUAAAGAAGCAAUAAAACUGGCCUUCUUCAGACUAGUUGAGUAUCUGGAGCAUCAGCAUUUGUCGUUUGAGAAACAGACGCCUCAUAAGUCCUCUACUGGCAGCUCCAUUAAAUAGUACCUGCAAAACACCAGUCUCAACAUCAACUGUGAAGAGGUGACUCCCGGAUGCUGGCCUUCUAGGCAGAGUUGCAAAGAAUAAGCCAUAUCUCAGACCGGCCAAUAAAAAGAAAAGAUUAAGAUGGGCAAAAGAACACAGACACUGGACAGAGGAACUCUGCCUAAAGGCCAGCAUCCUGGAGUUGCCUCCUCUCUGUUAACGUUGAGACUGGUGUUUUGCGGGUACUAUUUAACUAUUUAAUGAAGUCAGUUGAGGAUUUGUGAGGCGUCUGUUUCUCAAACUAGACACUCUAAUGUACUUGUCCUCUUGUUCAGUUGUGCACCGGGGCCUUCCACUCUUUUUUAUCCUGGUUAGAGCCAGUUUGCACUGUUCUGUGAAGGGAGUAGUACACAGCGUUGUACGAGAUCUUCAGUUUCUUGGCAAUUUAUUCUAUGGAAUAACCUUCAUUUCUCAGAACAAGAAUAGACUGAUGAGUUUCAGAAGAAAGUUAUUUGUUUCUGGACAUUUUGAACCUGUCAUCAAACCCAUAAUUGCUAAUGCUCCAGAUACUCAACUAGUCUAAAGAAGACCAGUUUUAUUGCUUUAAUCAGGUCAACAGUUUUCAGCUGUGCUAACAUAAUUGCAAAAGGGUUUUCAACUGAUCAAUAUUUGCCUUUUUAAAAUGAUAAACUUGGAUUAGCUAACACAACGUGCCAUUGGAACACAGGAGUGAUGGUUGCUGAUAAUGGGCCUCUGUAUGCCUAUGAAGAUAUUCCAUUAAAAAUCUGUUGUUUCCAGCUACAAUAGUCAUUUACAACAUUAACAAUGUCGACACUGUAUUUUUUAUAAAUUUGAUAUUUUAAUGGACCACAAAUGUGCUCAAAAACAAGGACAUUUCUAAGUGACCCCAAACUUUUGAACGGUAGUGUACUUACGGUAAGUAUUGAAACCCUUUGCUAUGAGACUCGAAAUUGAGCUCAGGUGCAUCCUGUUUCCAUUGAUCAUCCUUGAGAUGUUUCUACGACUUGAUUGGAGUCCACCUGUGGUAAAUUCAAUUGAUUGGACAUGGUUUAGAAAGGCACACACCAGUCUAUAUAAGGUCUCACAGUUGGCAGUGCAUGUCAGAGCAAAAACCAAGCCAUGGGGUUGAAGGAAUUGUCCGUAAAGCUCAGACAGGAUUGUGUCGAGGCACAGAUCUGGGGAAGGGUACCAAAACAUUUCUGUAGCAUUGAAGGUCCCCAAGAACACAGUGGCCUCCAUCAUUCUUAAAUGAAAGAUGCUUGGAACCACCAAGUCUUCCUAAAGCUGGCUUCUCAGCCAAACUGAGCAAUCAGGGGAGAAGGGCCUUGGUCAGGCAGGUGACCAAGAACCUGAUGGUCACUGACAGAGCUCCAGAGUUCCUCUAUGGAGAUGGGAGAACCUUUCAAAGGGACAACCAUCUCUGCAGCACUUCAUCAAUCACGCUUUUAUGGUAGAGUUGCCAGAUAGAAGCCACUCCUCAGUAAAACAAACAUGACAGCCCGCUUGGAGUUUGCCAAAAGGCACCUAAAGGACUCUCAGACCACGAGAAACAAGAUUCUCUGGUCUGAUGAAACCAAGAUUGAACACUUUGGCCUGAAUGCCAAGAGUCAUGUCUGGAGGAAACCUGGCACCAUCUCAACGGUGAAGGUUCACCUUCCAACAGGACAACGACCCUAAGCACACUGCCAAGACAAGUCAGGAGUGGCUUCGGGACAAGUCUCUGAAUGUCCUUGAGUGACCCAGCCAGUGCCUGGACGAACCCAAUCCAACAUCUCUGGAGAGACUUAAAAAUAGCUGUGCUGCAAUGCUCCCCAUCUAACCUGACAGAGCUUGAGGACCUGCGGUAAAAAAUGGGAGAAACUCUCAAAAUACAGGUGUGCCAAGCUUGUAGCGUCAUACUCAAGAAGACUCAAGGCUGUACUCGCUGCCAAAGGUGCUUCAAUAAGUACUGAGUUAUGGGUCUGAAUACUUAUGUAAAUGUGAUGGCUAAAAACCUGUUUUUGCUUUGUCAUUAUGGGGUAUUGUGUGUAGAUUGAGGAGGGGGGGAAAUGAUUUAAUCAAUUUUAGAAUAAGGCUGUAACGUAACAAAUUGCGGAAAAAGUCAAGGGGUCUGAAUACUUUGACGGCACUAUAUGUUUGUAUGUAUAUAUGAACUGCCUAUUCAGGAACAAAGUGAUAAGUGUGUGUGUGUGUGUGUUGUAUUUUAAUUAAGUUAAAAAAGGAAACUGUUUACAGAUCUUUUAGGGUCUCAUCAGGGGUUUUCAGUCUCUUCCAUUUUUUUUUAUAUACUUAGCUUUUUUGAAACAAAACCAAUGUUAUAAGGGAUACAAGAAAUCCAGUCCAAAUGAUAUCAAUCCAUGUAAAGCUAGGAUCUUUUUCAUAUCUAAUCUGAUUUAUUGCACUGUUUGAGCUUCAUCUUAGCUCUGGCAUUGGAUAAACACUACUGUCAUUGUCAAUAAAGCUGUUUUGAAUUUGA